AUGACAGAAAAUUUUUUUUUGAAAGAGGUAAUUGAUAAAAUUGAGAAUAAAGACAUGAUAGAUAUUUUUAAAAAGUAUCUUAGUAAUGAAGAUGUCUGUUGUUCCACAUUACAGUUAAUUAUAAAAGAGAAUGAAAAAUUGAAAAAGCAUGAGGAUAUUUUUAUUGAAGCACAUAAGUUAUUUGUAGCUUCACAGAGGAUGCUUGACGAUUUAGCUUGUAAAGAUAUUACACCUUAUGAAAACAGGGAUAUGGACGUUGUCAUGUGUUUUACUUUCUAUGCUGGUGUAUGUACAAUACUUAAGAAGCAUCUACCUGAAGAUUUAUGUGAAAAAAUACUUGAUAUUUAUGAAGAAGCCAAUCUUAGAAUGAAUGUCCCUAGGGACAAUGAAGAAGAGAAUGAAGUAUUUUUUUUUAUUUUGCGAGAAUAUUUUACGAAAUUUUAUGUACCUUUACGUUUAAUAAGUUGUAAAGUAAAUAUUAAUGAAUAUGAUUUUGGGUUUGUGUACUAUAAAGAAGUAUUGAAGGAGGAUAAUGUGCCUAAUUUCAUAUUAAAAAAGAUGAGUGGUAAUAAAAUAGAGAUUAAAUUGGCUCAGGAGGUUUUAGCAUUAUGUAUGAAAAAUGAAUAA